AUGAUGCUGUGGCAGAUAAUUGACACCAAAUUUGUUUCACGAAUAUGGCAGGCCAAAAUAAUAUGCUGUUUUUUUUGUGUGUGUGUGCUUUCUCUUUCAGGUCAGAACUGUGGCGGUUUAGUCCAGGGUCCCAAUGGCACCAUCGAGAGCCCAGGGUUUCCACAUGGUUAUCCAAACUACGCUAAUUGCACCUGGAUCAUUAUCACAGGAGAACGUAAUCGGAUACAGUUGUCAUUUCAUACCUUUGCCCUUGAAGAAGAUUUUGAUAUUUUAUCGGUGUACGAUGGACAGCUCCAACAAGGGAAUUUGAAAGUGAGAUUAUCGGGAUUCCAGCUGCCAUCCUCAAUAGUCAGCACGGGAUCUAUCCUCACGCUGUGGUUCACGACAGACUUCGCCGUGAGCGCCCAAGGCUUCAAAGUCCUGUAUGAAGUUUUACCUAGCCACACAUGUGGAAAUCCUGGGGAAAUACUGAAAGGAGUUCUCCACGGAACAAGGUUCAAUAUUGGGGACAAGAUCAGGUAUAGCUGUCUCUCUGGCUAUAUCUUGGAAGGCCAUGCAAUUCUGACCUGCAUCGUCAGCCCUGGGAAUGGUGCUUCGUGGGACUUCCCGGCUCCGUUUUGCAGGGCUGAGGGAGCCUGCGGAGGGACCCUGCGGGGAACCAGCAGCACCAUCUCCAGCCCCCACUUCCCCUCGGAGUAUGGGAACAAUGCCGACUGCACCUGGACCAUCCUGGCCGAGCCGGGGGAUACCAUCGCCUUAGUCUUCACUGACUUUCAACUAGAGGAAGGGUACGAUUUCUUAGAGAUCAGUGGAACAGAAGCACCAUCCAUAUGGCUGACUGGCAUGAACCUUCCUUCUCCUGUUAUAAGUAGCAAGAAUUGGUUACGACUCCAUUUUACAUCUGACAGUAACCAUCGACGCAAAGGAUUUAAUGCACAGUUUCAAGUGAAAAAGGCAAUUGAACUGAAGUCAAGAGGAGUCAAGAUGAUGCCCAGCAAGGACAGUAGCCAUAAAAACUCUGUCUUGAGUCAAGGAGGUGUCGCAUUGGUUUCUGACAUGUGUCCGGAUCCUGGGAUUCCAGAAAAUGGUAGAAGAGCAGGUUCCGACUUCAGGGUUGGUGCAAAUGUACAGUUCUCCUGUGAGGACAAUUACGUGCUCCAGGGAUCCAAGAGCAUAACCUGUCAGAGAGUCACAGAGACACUGGCUGCGUGGAGUGACCAUCGGCCCAUUUGCCGCGCUAGAACGUGUGGAUCAAAUCUACGUGGGCCCAGUGGCAUCAUUACCUCCCCUAAUUACCCGGUGCAGUAUGAAGACAAUGCGCACUGUGUGUGGGUCAUUACCACAACAGAUCCAGACAAGGUCAUCAAGCUGGCGUUCGAGGAGUUCGAACUGGAACGAGGCUAUGACACACUCACGGUGGGCGAUGCUGGCAAAGUGGGCGAUGCCCGGACGGUCUUGUACGUACUCACUGGGUCCAGCGUUCCUGACCUCAUUGUGAGCAUGAGCAACCAGAUGUGGCUCCACCUGCAGUCCGAUGAUAGCAUUGCCUCCCCUGGAUUUAAAGCUGUCUACCAAGAAAUUGAAAAGGGAGGAUGUGGGGACCCUGGUGUCCCUGCCUACGGGAAGCGGGCUGGCAGUAGCUUCCUCCAUGGGGACACGCUGACGUUCGAGUGCCAGGCAGCCUUUGAGCUGGUGGGGGAGCGGGUGAUCACGUGCCAACAGAACAACCAGUGGUCUGGCAACAAGCCCAGCUGUGUAUUUUCAUGUUUCUUCAACUUUACCGCAUCAUCAGGAAUUAUUCUCUCACCCAAUUAUCCGGAGGAAUACGGCAACAACAUGAACUGUGUCUGGUUGAUCAUCUCCGAACCAGGAAGCAGAAUUCACCUCAUCUUUAAUGAUUUUGACGUGGAACCCCAGUUUGAUUUCCUCGCAAUCAAAGAUGAUGGGAUUUCUGAUAUCACUGUCCUGGGCACCUUCUCGGGCCAUGAGGUGCCCUCACAGCUGGCCAGCAGCGGUCACAUAGUCCGCUUGGAAUUCCAGUCUGACCACUCUACAACCGGCAGGGGGUUCAACAUCACUUACACCACAUUUGGUCAGAAUGAGUGCCACGAUCCUGGCAUUCCCAUAAAUGGACGACGUUUUGGUGACAGAUUUCUACUGGGGAGUUCGGUUUCUUUCCAUUGUGAUGAUGGCUUUGUCAAAACCCAGGGGUCAGAGUCCAUCACCUGCAUUCUGCAGGAUGGGAAUGUCGUCUGGAGCUCCACUGUCCCUCGCUGUGAAGCCCCGUGUGGUGGACACCUGACUGCUUCCAGUGGACUCAUUUUACCUCCUGGAUGGCCAGGAUAUUAUAAAGACUCUUUAAAUUGUGAAUGGAUCAUUGAAGCAAAACCAGGACACUCUAUCAAAAUAACUUUUGAUAGAUUUCAGACGGAAGUCAACUAUGACACUCUGGAGGUCCGAGAUGGGCCAGCCAACUCAUCCCCGCUGAUCGGAGAGUACCACGGCACACAAGCUCCCCAGUUCCUGAUCAGCACGGGGCAUUUCAUGUACCUGCUGUUCAGCACCGACAAUAGCCGCUCCAGCGUGGGCUUCCUCAUUCACUACGAGAGUGUGACCCUGGAGUCGGACUCCUGCCUCGACCCUGGGAUCCCUGUGAAUGGGCAUCGGCACGGCAGUAAUUUUGGUAUCAGAUCCACAGUGACGUUCAGCUGCAAUCCAGGAUAUACACUCAGUGAUGACGAGCCCCUGAUCUGUGAGAGGAACCACCAGUGGAACCAUGCGUUGCCCAGCUGUGAUGCCCUCUGUGGAGGUUACAUCCAUGGAAAGAGUGGAACAGUCCUUUCUCCUGGGUUUCCAGAUUUUUACCCAAACUCUUUAAACUGUACAUGGACCAUUGAAGUGUCUCACGGAAAGGGUGUUCAGAUGAUCUUUCACACCUUCCACCUUGAGAGUUCCCACGACUAUUUACUGAUCACAGAGGAUGGGAGUUUCACAGAGCCCGUGGCCAGACUCACGGGGUCUGUCCUGCCUCAUACUAUUAAGGCAGGUUUGUUUGGAAACUUCACCGCCCAGCUUCGGUUCAUAUCAGACUUUUCCAUUUCCUACGAGGGCUUCAACAUCACGUUUUCAGAAUAUGACUUGGAGCCUUGUGAUGAUCCCGGCGUCCCUGCCUUCAGCCGAAGAAUUGGUUUUCACUUCGGAGUCGGGGACUCUCUGACUUUUUCCUGCUUCCCAGGGUAUCGCUUAGAAGGUGCAAGCAAGCUUACGUGCCUGGGUGGGGGCCGUCGUGUGUGGAGUGCACCUCUGCCAAGGUGUGUGGCUGAAUGUGGGGCAAGUGUCAAAGGAAAUGAAGGAACGUUGCUGUCUCCAAAUUUCCCAUCAAAUUAUGAUAAUAACCACGAGUGCAUCUAUAAAAUAGAAACGGAAGCCGGCAAGGGGAUUCAUCUUGGGGCUCGAAGCUUCCAGCUUUUGGAAGGGGACGUUCUAAAGGUGUAUGAUGGAAAAGACAGUUCAUCACGUCCGUUGGGGGCCUUCACCAAGAAUGAGCUGAUGGGGCUGGUCCUGAACAGCACUUCCAAUCACCUAUGGCUUGAGUUCAACACCAAUGGGUCUGACACGGACCAGGGUUUCCAGCUCACCUAUACUAGUUUUGACCUAGUAAAGUGUGAGGAUCCAGGAGUCCCUAACUAUGGCUAUAGGAUCCGAGAUGAAGGCCACUUUACUGACACUGUGGUUCUGUACAGCUGUAACCCGGGCUACGCCAUGCAUGGCAGCGACACACUGACCUGCCUCAGUGGUGACCGCAGGGUGUGGGACAAACCGCUGCCUUCCUGUGUAGCCGAGUGUGGUGGUCAGAUCCACGCCGCCACCUCUGGGCGCAUCCUGUCUCCUGGCUACCCUGCUCCUUAUGACAACAACCUUCACUGUACCUGGAUCAUAGAGGCAGACCCAGGGAAGACUAUCAGCCUGCACUUCAUCGUGUUCGACACAGAGACGGCCCACGACAUCCUGAAGGUGUGGGACGGCCCGGUGGACAGCGACAUCCUGCUCAAGGAGUGGAGCGGCUCCAUGCUCCCCGAGGACAUCCACAGCACGUUCAGCUCCCUCACCCUGCAGUUCGACAGUGACUUCUUCAUCAGCAAGUCGGGCUUCUCCAUUCAGUUCUCAACAUCAAUUGCAUCCACCUGCAACGAUCCAGGUAUGCCUCAGAACGGCACCCGCUACGGGGAUAGUAGAGAGCCGGGAGAUACCAUCACCUUCCAGUGUGACCCUGGGUAUCAGCUCCAAGGACAAGCUAAAAUCACCUGUGUACAGCUGAAUAACCGAUUCUUUUGGCAGCCGGACCCUCCUACCUGCAUAGCUGCAUGUGGAGGGAACCUGACCGGCCCGGCAGGUGUCAUUUUGUCACCGAACUACCCACAGCCAUAUCCUCCCGGCAAAGAAUGUGACUGGAGAAUAAGAGUGAAUCCAGACUUUGUCAUUGCCUUGAUUUUCAAAAGUUUCAACAUGGAGCCCAGCUAUGAUUUCCUACAUAUCUAUGAAGGAGAGGACUCUAACAGACCUCUCCUUGGAAGUUUCCAGGGCUCUCAAGCCCCAGAAAGAAUAGAGAGUAGUGGAAAUAGUCUUUUUCUGGCAUUUCGGAGUGAUGCUUCUGUGGGCUUAUCGGGGUUCGCGAUUGAAUUUAAAGAGAAGCCACGGGAAGCCUGUUUUGACCCUGGAAAUAUAAUGAACGGGACAAGAAUUGGCACAGACUUCAAGCUUGGCUCAACUGUCACUUACCAGUGUGACUCUGGCUAUAAAAUUGUGGACCCUUCGUCCAUCACGUGUGUGAUCGGAGCAGACGGAAAACCUGCCUGGAGCCGAGCCUUGCCUUCCUGCAAUGCUCCCUGCGGAGGCCAGUACACGGGAUCUGAAGGGGUCGUUUUGUCACCCAACUACCCUCAUAAUUACACGGCUGGUCAGAUAUGCCUCUACUCCAUAACAGUACCCAAGGAGUUUGUGGUGUUUGGACAAUUUGCCUAUUUCCAGACGGCGCUGAAUGAUUUGGCAGAAUUGUUUGAUGGAACACACCCACAAGCCAGACUUCUCAGCUCACUCUCUGGGUCACAUUCAGGUGAAACAUUGCCUUUGGCGACAUCAAAUCAGAUUCUCCUCCGAUUCAGCGCAAAGAGCGGAGCAUCUGCCCGGGGCUUUCACUUUGUUUAUCAAGCUGUUCCUCGAACCAGCGACACCCAGUGCAGCUCUAUCCCUGAGCCCAGAUAUGGAAGAAGAAUCGGAUCGGAGUUUUCGGCCGGCUCGAUUGUCCGUUUCGAGUGUAACCCAGGAUACCUCCUUCAGGGUUCCACUGCUAUCCGCUGUCAGUCUGUACCAAAUGCUUUAGCUCAGUGGAAUGACACGAUCCCAAGCUGCAUAGUCCCCUGCAGUGGUAAUUUCACUCAGCGCAGAGGUACAAUUUUAUCCCCUGGCUACCCGGAACCAUAUGGUAACAACUUAAACUGUAUCUGGAAAAUCAUAGUUACAGAGGGAUCAGGAAUUCAGAUUCAAGUGAUCAGUUUUGCCACUGAGCAGAACUGGGACUCUCUGGAGAUUUACGACGGCGGUGACAUGACCGCACCCAGGCUGGGAAGUUUCUCAGGAACCACAGUCCCAGCCCUUCUGAACAGCACCUCCAACCAGCUCUAUCUGCAUUUCCAGUCUGAUAUUAGUGUGGCAGCUGCUGGCUUUCACCUGGAAUACAAAACUGUGGGUCUCUCCGCAUGCCAAGAACCAGCCCUUCCCAGCAACGGCAUCAAAAUAGGAGAUCGGUAUAUGGUGAAUGAUGUCCUCUCCUUCCAGUGUGAACCUGGGUACACCUUGCAGGGCCGGUCCCACAUUUCUUGCAUGCCGGGAACUGUGCGUCGCUGGAACUACCCGUCCCCGCUCUGCAUUGCAACCUGCGGAGGGACGCUGAGCAGCAUGGGGGGCGUGAUCUUGAGCCCAGGUUUUCCAGGAGCUUACCCCAACAACCUAGACUGCACCUGGAAGAUCGAGUUGCCCAUUGGCUAUGGUGCACAUAUUCAGUUUCUGAAUUUUUCUACCGAAGCUAAUCACGACUACCUUGAAAUUCAAAAUGGACCCUACCACACGAGCCCUAUGAUCGGGCAGUUCAGUGGCUCGGACCCCCCCUCCGCCCUGCUCAGCACAACACACGAAACGCUCAUCCGCUUCUACAGCGACCAUUCCCAGAACCGGCAAGGGUUUAAACUCGCUUACCAAGCCUAUGAACUACAGAACUGCCCAGACCCACCUCCUUUUCAGAAUGGUUAUAUGAUCAACUCGGACUACAGUGUGGGACAAUCCAUUUCUUUCGAGUGUUACCCUGGGUACAUUUUAAUCGGCCACCCAGUCCUUACCUGUCAGCACGGGAUCAACAGAAAUUGGAAUUAUCCCUUUCCAAGAUGUGACGCUCCUUGUGGAUAUAAUGUAACAUCUCAGAACGGUACAAUUUAUUCCCCUGGAUUUCCAGACGAGUACCCAAUUUUGAAGGACUGCAUUUGGCUUAUCACCGUCCCUCCUGGCCAUGGGGUCUACAUCAACUUCACCUUGCUACAGACGGAAGCUGUGAAUGAUUACAUUGCUGUUUGGGAUGGGCCUGAUCAGAAUUCACCUCAGCUGGGAGUUUUCAGUGGCAACACAGCCCUGGAAACGGCGUAUAGCUCCACCAACCAAGUCCUGCUCAAGUUCCACAGUGACUUUUCAAAUGGAGGCUUCUUUGUUCUCAACUUUCAUGCAUUUCAGCUGAAGAAAUGCCAACCUCCCCCCGCAGUUCCACAGGCAGAAAUGCUUAUGGAGGAUGAGGAUUUUGAAAUAGGGGAUUUUGUGAAGUACCAGUGCCAUCCGGGCUACACACUGUCUGGGAUAGACACACUGACCUGCAAGCUCAGUGCCCAGUUGCAGUUUGAAGGUUCUCUCCCAACGUGUGAAGCACAAUGCCCCGCAAAUGAAGUCCGGACAGAAUCUUCUGGCGUUAUCCUCAGUCCAGGUUACCCAGGCAACUAUUUUAACUCCCAGACAUGCUCGUGGAGUAUUAAAGUGGAACCAAACUAUAACAUCACCAUCUUUGUGGAUACAUUUCAAAGUGAAAGGCAAUUUGAUGCACUGGAAGUGUUUGAUGGUUCUUCUGGUCAGAGUCCUCUGUUAGUGGUCUUAAGUGGGAACCACACUGAACAAUCAAAUUUUACAAGCAAGAGCAAUCAGUUAUAUCUCCGCUGGUCCACUGAUCAUGCAACCAGUAAAAAAGGAUUCAAGAUUCGAUAUACAGCACCGUACUGCAGCUUGACCCACACCCCGAAGAAUGGUGGCAUCUUCAAUAGGACCACAGGAGCACAUGGAAGUAAAGUGCAUUAUUUUUGUAAGCCUGGGUAUCGAAUGAUUGGCCACAGCAAUGCAACCUGUCGACGGAAUCCAGGGGGCAUGUAUCAGUGGGAUUCUCUUGCUCCUAUCUGCCAGGCUGUGUCCUGUGGAAUCCCUGAGUCUCCAGGAAAUGGUUCAUUUACGGGCAACGAGUUCACAUUGAAUAGUAAAGUGACGUAUGAAUGUAAUGAGGGCUUUCAGCUGGAUGCUGGCCAGCAAGCAGCCGCUGUGUGUCGGGAAGACGGAUUAUGGAACAACACGGGCAAGCCUCCCAUGUGUAAACCGGUAACUUGUCCCAGCAUUGAAGCUCAGCUCUCAGAUCACGUCACCUGGAGACUGGUUUCAGGAUCGUUGAAUGAGUAUGGUUCUCAGGUAGUGCUCAGCUGCAGUCCUGGUUAUUCCCUAGAGGGCCAGAGGCUGCUACAGUGCCAAGCUAACGGAACUUGGAGCAUAGGCGAAGAGAGGCCCAGAUGUCGAGUGAUCUCCUGUGGAACCCUCUCCUUUCCCCCAAAUGGUAACAAGAUUGGUACACUGACAGUCUAUGGGGCCACGGCCAUAUUUAUGUGCAACACGGGCUACACCCUUGUGGGGUCUCACGUCAGAGAAUGCUUAGCCAACGGACUCUGGAGUGGCACGGAAACACGAUGUCUGGCUGGCCACUGUGGUUCCCCAGAUCCGAUCGUGAAUGGUCAUAUCAGUGGAGACGGUUUCAGUUACAGGGACACUGUGGUUUAUCAGUGCAAUCCUGGUUUCAGGCUGGUUGGAACUUCCGUUCGGAUAUGCUUGCAAGACCACAAAUGGUCUGGACUGACCCCAGUCUGUGUCUCCAUCACGUGCGGCCACCCUGGGAACCCCGCGCAUGGACUCACCAAUGGCAGUGAGUUCAACCUGAAUGACGUGGUGAACUUCACCUGUAACACUGGCUACCUGCUGCAGGGUGCCUCUCGAGCCCAGUGUCGGAGCAAUGGACAGUGGAGUAGCUCUCUGCCCACCUGUCGAGUGGUGAACUGCUCAGAUCCAGGCUUUGUGGAAAAUGCCAUUCGUCACGGGCAACAGAAUUUCCCCGAGAGUUUUGAAUAUGGAAUGAGUGUCAUGUAUCAUUGCAAGAAGGGAUUUUACCUGUUGGGAUCUUCUGCCUUAACCUGCAUGUCUAAUGGCCUAUGGGAUCGUUCUUUACCCAAGUGUUUGGCCAUAUCAUGUGGCCACCCAGGGGUUCCUGCCAAUGCUAUCCUAACUGGAGAACUGUUUACAUAUGGUGCCAUAGUUCACUACGCGUGCAAAGGGAGCCGGGAUCUUGUAGGCAACAGCACUCGAGUUUGUCAAGAGGACAGUCACUGGAGUGGAACGCUACCCCACUGUACAGGAAAUGACCCUGGAUUUUGUGGUGAUCCUGGGACCCCAGCACAUGGGUCACGGCUUGGAGAUGAACUCAAGGCCAAGAGCCUUCUCCGCUUCUCCUGUGAAAUGGGUUACCAGCUGAGGGGCUCUCCUGAGCGGACAUGUUUGCUCAAUGGCUCGUGGUCAGGAUUGCAGCCCGUGUGUGAAGCUGUGUCCUGUGGAAAUCCCGGCACGCCCACAAAUGGCAUGAUUGUCAGCAGUGACGGCAUCCUGUUCUCCAGCUCGGUCAUCUACGCCUGUUGGGAAGGCUACAAGACCUCAGGGCUCAUGACGCGGCACUGCACAGCCAACGGGACCUGGACGGGCACAGCCCCUGACUGUACAGUUAUAAGCUGCGGGGACCCAGGUACCCUGGCAAAUGGCAUCCAGUUUGGGAUGGAUUUCACCUUCAAUAAGACCGUGAGCUAUCAGUGCGAUCCCGGCUAUGUCAUGGAGCCCAUCACCUCGUCCACCAUCCGUUGUACCAAAGACAGUACGUGGAAUAACAGCAAGCCGGUCUGCAGAGCUCUCAUGUGUGGUCAGCCUCCUCAAGUGCCACAUGGAAAAGUGGAGGGAGUGGAUUUCCACUGGGGCGCCAGCAUAAGUUACAGCUGCGUGGACGGCUUCCAGCCCUCCCACUCUGCCAUUCUUUCCUGCGAAGGCCACGGCGUGUGGAAAGGAGAGGUCCCCCAGUGCCUGCCUGUGUUCUGCGGAGACCCAGGCACCCCUGCGGAGGGGCGACUCAGUGGCAAAAGCUUCACCUAUAAGUCGGAAGUCUUCUUCCAGUGCAAAUCUCCCUUCCUACUGGUGGGGUCCUCCAGAAGAACCUGCCAGGCCGACGGCACGUGGAGUGGCACACAGCCCACCUGCAUCGAUCCUGCUCAUAAUACCUGCCCAGACCCUGGUACUCCACACUUUGGAAUACAAAAUAGCUCCAGAGGAUAUGAGGUUGGAAGCACGGUGUUUUUCAGGUGCAGGAAAGGUUACCACAUUCAAGGUUCUACGACUCGCACUUGCCUUGCAAAUUUAACCUGGAGUGGAAUUCAGACUGAGUGUAUACCCCACGCCUGCAGACAACCAGAAACGCCAGCCCACGCGGAUGUGAGAGCGAUAGAUCUCCCCACCUUCGGUUACACCUUAGUGUACACCUGCCAUCCGGGAUUUUUCCUCGCAGCCGGGUCUGAGCACAGGACGUGUAAAGCAGAUAUGAAAUGGACAGGAAAAUCACCUGUCUGUAAAAGUAAAGGAGUGAGAGAAGUUAAUGAAACAGUUACUAAAACUCCAGUUCCUUCUGAUGUAUUUUUUGUCAAUUCCGUGUGGAAGGGAUAUUAUGAAUAUUUAGGGAAAAGACAACCUGCAACUCUAACAGUUGACUGGUUCAAUGCGACAAGCAGUAAGGUGAACGCCACCUUCCUUGAAGCCUCUCAGGUGGAGCUGAAGUUGACAGGAGUUUACAAGAAAGAAGAAGCUCACUUACUUCUGAAAGCAUUUCAAAUUAAAGGUCCCGCAGAUAUUUUUGUAAGCAAGUUUGAAAAUGACAACUGGGGACUAGCUGGUUAUGUGUCAUCAGGACUCGAAAGAGGAGGAUUUACUUUUCAAGGUGAUAUUCAUGGAAAAGACUUUGGAAAAUUCAAGCUCGAGAGGCAAGAUCCCUUAAAAUCUGAUCAAGACUCUUCGAACCAUUACCACGGCACCAGCAGUGGGUCUGUCGCGGCUGCCAUCCUGGUCCCAUUCUUUGCUCUAAUUUUGUCAGGGUUUGCAUUUUACCUCUACAAACACAGAACGAGACCAAAAGUUCAAUACAAUGGCUAUGCGGGACAUGAAAACAGCAAUGGACAAGCUUCCUUUGAAAACCCUAUGUAUGAUACAAACUUAAAACCCACAGAAGCCAAGGCUGUGCGGUUUGACACAACUCUGAACACAGUGUGUACAGUGGUAUAG